GAGUGGUGGGCGCAGCUCCAGCUACAAGUAAAAAUGAUCAUGGAAAAACACAAGGUUCUGGUUUGGGCAAAAUCUCCAAUUGCUGCGAUGUAAUGCUCUCUCCUUAACCAAUGACUCAAGCAGCGAUGCCCACUGUAAUGGAGCUUCCUCUAUUCACGACCUUUCAAUCUGUUUCUCGUGUAUCUCUGUGUCCUUUCUCUUCAAAUUGCGCCUUCUAUGGCCGCUUUAUUUGCCGCGUGAAGUUGAGUAAGAGAUUGGGUUCUAGUAACUCUAAGCGCUCUCUUCGAAUAUCCAUGAGUUCUGUAGAGAAGGAUGGAGAUUAUAAUGGUGUGAGUUUCUUGGGGAAUUCUCAGUUCGUUGAAGUGAUUGGCAUUGGUAGCAGGAUGGAUGCUGUUCUCGAUUUCUGCUUGGAUUCGCCUUUCCAGUUAUCGUCGUUGCUGAGAUUCUGGAAUAUUAAAGUCAAAGAUCCUCUGAAUGUGCAAUUACAAGAAAGAAUUCCUGGAAAAGAUCUUAAUCCGAGGGUUUUGGAAGCUUCCCAGUUUCUGCGAUCUUGUUCAACAGCUAUUAUCCUUGUGGCUAGUGCUGGAUAUGGCUUGGAUCAUGUUACAGCAAUCGAUUUACUUAAAACAGUAAGAUGUAGAAAUGGAUUUGCAGUUUCUAUUUUCCUGAGGCCUUUCAGCUUUGAAGGACAAAGGCGCCAGGAUGAGGUGAAAAAUUUGGCAGGAAAGCUUCAAGAUCAUACAAAUUUUUGCAUUGAUAUUGACACUGACACAUUACUAAACAAGGAUUUGGUCACUCUAGAUGAGGCUUUGAAGUCUGCAAAUAGUGCUGUUCUGUUGGCCAUAAAUGCCAUCUCGGUUCUCAUCUCAGAGACACACCAGAAGUUAAUUGGUAUACUACAUAAUAGCGUGAAAGAACUCAAAGUUUCAGAGGUUAUGAAAAUUCUGGAAAGCCACAAAGAAGCAAAAAUUGGAUUUGGAGCUGGUAACAGCAUUGAAAGUUCAAUUAUACAAGCUUUAUAUGACUGUCCUUUCAUGGGUGCUGGUAUUGAGAACUUAAAUGGCAUCAUUAUUUGCAUCGUUGCAAGUUCAGGUUUCAUUGAAAAUGAAGAUGUACAUACCUCUUUGCUUACUUUUCGUCAAACUGCAGCAUACAUGGGGAAAAUCAUUAUUUCUACAACUCAUGAACCUAAUCUGGAUCAUGACAUGAUAGUAACUACAGUUGUUGCUGUGGGCUGCAGUGAAGAGCAGACUCCACAGAGAGGUAGCUUGUUAUCCAGACUGGCCUGGCAUUUCCCUUUUGUUUUUAAACUUUUAGGGAGACACGGUCAACAACCUGAUGAUAUUGAAGGAAUCAAUGGUAUUGAUGAACACUCUGAGGAACAUGAGAUGCUACCAAACAGCAAAUGCAAUGACAUCUACAGUUCAAGGAGUUAUGGUAGUGAAGCUAAAGAAAACGAGAUUGGUUUAUUAGAUGGCAGGAGCAACUCUUCUGAUUUUUAUGACCAACUUGCUGAAGAAACUCCUGCCCUCCACAGGGAGCCACCUGUUAGUUGGAACUUGGGACCAGGAUAUCAGAUUGCACAAGAGUGGGCCAGAGAAAGGACUGGAGCUACUUCUGUGCUUGAUACCCUGAGCAUCUUCCGCCUUCCAGUUGGUGUAAGGCAUCCAGAAGAAUCUAAAGAGGGUCUGAAUAUCUCAUAUGCUGCAGAACUCCCAGAGCUAAAAACUGAGGGUGAUGACAAAGAACAAAAGCAUGUUAAUUCCGGAAUCUCUUCUUGGGGGGCAUUGACUGAUGCUGGUUUUGUUUUAGUAAGAGAUUUUUAUAAUAAUGCAUCUACAAUGUUAAAGGGUAGAAAUGCUGAUGUACCAAAAAAACAAGGAGUUCUUUCUGUUCGUGCUGCAUCUAUGCUGGAAGCUGAGCGAGAUUCCCCAAAAAAGUGGAGUCCUGUUAUGGAGAUGCAGUACAGAGGGGGGGUGUAUAGAGGGCGAUGCCAAGGAGGUCUUCCUGAAGGGAAGGGCCGUCUUAUCCUUGGAGGUGGAAGCAUAUAUGAUGGUAUGUGGCGUUAUGGCAAGAGAUCAGGUUUAGGUGCAUUCUACUUUAGCAACGGAGAUGUGUUUCAGGGGUCAUGGAGGGAUGAUGUGAUGCAUGGCAAGGGUUGGUUUUAUUUCCACACUGGAGACCGAUGGUUUGCAAACUUUUGGAAGGGAAAGGCCAAUGGUGAAAGCCGUUUCUAUUCAAAGUCUGGUGAAGUCUUUUUUGGUCAAUUCCAAGAUGGAUGGCGACAUGGCCACUUUCUUUGCAUUGAUGUUGAUGGAGCAAGGUGUGUGGAGACAUGGGAUGAAGGUGUUCUCGUGAGCCGGAAGCACCUGAACUAUGAUAGUGAUGCUGGUUAGAAAUUUUUGUUUUUUUUUUUUUUAAAAAAUUAUAAUAUUUUUCAGUUGCCUGUAUAUCCCCUAUGUAUUUCACUUGUAUGCCGUAAGAAGUUUGAACAAGAACGUUCAGGACCUUUGUGCUGUGCAUUGUACUUUCCGGUAACCCCUCAUUUUUAUUGACCUUCAUACUCAUUAA